GUCAGGACCCCAGCCAGCCCAUGUCACAAAGGGUUCAAUGUACAUCAAGGUGAGGCCUUACUGGUAAUGCCAUCAAUAAAGUCAUAUAAAUGCUCUUUAAGACUACAGAGUGAAUGCCUGACCGUUGCCCUUCAGAGUGGCUUUUGAUCUUCCAUACUCCGAGUGGUUUUUGACAUGGUCGAGUGGAUUGUAUGUCUGUCGAAUGAAACUGUUGGUAAGGUGCUUUCAGUCGGAUGAUGUUGCUAUCCUUUGAAUGCCUCUGGUUGUAGGGAAGUGUCCUUGGGAGGGGUGUCUAGAUCAGGUCUAUUGCCCUACCCUAGGUACAUGUCAUCAUCAUUAGCCCCCGAAUGGUUCAAGGUUCGAGUGAAAGGGGAGCUGAAGAUGGUUCCGACUCGAUUGUUAGUGCUUCGGGAGCAUCUUAUUGGGAUCGGUGAACCAUGCUACAGCUUCGACCUCUUUUUCAGUCGCCUUGAUACAUUCCGAGAUUGUCGAGUGAGUUUGCUGAUACGCUCCGAAUGCAGAUUUGGUAGAAUAUCCACGGCGCUAUUGGCUGCACUCUUAUCUUCGGAUCUUACGGGAUUCGAAAUUUGGGGAAGCACGCGGGGCGGAGAGGUCCACAGCGAAUGGAACGGAUGAGGCAGAUGCGCCUCGAUUCCCGCGCCACCUUUUUUGCCACGUACCGAGUGGCCGCCUGUUACGGGAUUUGACAGGAUGUCCUGGGCCCGCCAGUCAGUCACUCGGGGACCAGGCCCAUAUAAGCCGUUCGGGCCGGGUUUUUUUGCACAGUACUCCCAUUUCUUCUCUUCCUCCUCUGCUUCUCCACUGCUUCCGCCUCCACCCUCGACGCCACCGCCUCGCCCAAGCGCCAUUCGCAGUGAUGGUGAAGGACAAGAUGACGACCCUGGAACGCGUGAAGAAGGCGACGGCGAAGGCAAAGGGCAAGAAGAUGAGCCAGGGCGGGUCGUCGUCCAGAUCCGGCCUGCCGCCCGGCCGGAUCCAGGGUGACUAGAUUCGGUCACGAUCCAGCAGGAUGACCUGGAAGAUCUGUUCGACGGGGGGCUGAUUCCUCACGGUUCCUAGCGGCUUCCCGAGAACGAGUCCGAGCCGCGACCUCAAGAGGGUGAGUGCGUCCUCUUGGCGACCCAUGUUGACCGUAGUUUCUCCUUGCCUCCCCAUCCUUUCUUUCGAGAUUUUCUGAACUUUUUUGGAGCCCAGCUCCAUCAUUUCUCUCCCAACACCAUCACAUAUCUUGUUGUGUUCGUGUCCAUGUGCGAGAAAUUCCUAGGCUGCCGACCCCAUUGGGGCCUUUUCAAACACAUUUUCACUUGUCGUUCCCAAUUGGUCAAAAAGGCCAAUCCGAGUGAUGAGAGGACAAAUGUGAUCCAUAUGUGUGGAGGUUUAGGGAUCCAGAUGAUGGGAAAAAGUGCUUUCCCCGCCAUGAUUCUUCCUGAUUCUGUUAGGGGGUGGCGGUCGACUUGGUUCUACUACAAGGACCAACCGACUCCUGGUCAGUCGACCGGCCUCCCACCAUUUUCUAUAGCCCGAGUCGAAAAGCCUCCAACUUUGAAAGUGACCCCGGCUGAGAGAGUGGAGCUGAAUAUGCUAGUCGACCGAGUAGUCCAGCUUGUCCAUGACGGCGUGACCGGCAUGGACCUGUUAGAGGUGUUUCUCAGACGGCGUAUUCAACCUCUCCAAGCCCGUGACCACCCCAUGUGGAUGUAUUCGGUGAUUGAAGACAACACUCGAAUCCACCCGGAGGAGGUUGAUGUGGCGACGGUGGUGCAGUGGUUGAAAGGUAUUACCGGCAACAAGGACAACCCCAGGGGGUCUAGGAGAGUUCUUCCAUUCGACAGCACCAACGAACCAGCCAAGAUCUACACUGAGAUGUAUCCGAUGCCCAACGGAGAGCAGGAGCAAGAGCACGAGGGAGAGGCGAGUGGUGGUGAAAGUGGAGAGUGGCACUCUGAUGGAGGAGAGGACGACGAGAGCAAAGACUCUAGCAGUGGUGUGGAGGUCGACUCUCCACCUCGCUCGGAGCGGCGCUCCAAACUGAAGCAUGACCCGACAAGCGUCUGCGGCAAAGUGGUUCCUCCGACUGGACAAACUUCCAAGCGCCCUCGAACCUCUUCUCCAGUGCCAAAUGAAAAGGCUCUGAAGCAUCCCAAAGUCGCGGCGUCAAAACCUCUGAAGGCUCUGCCCAAGAUUAAAGUGAACGUCCCCGUUGCUUCUGGAUGAUGAUGAUGAAGAGAUGGAAGAAGCAGUUACUUCCAACACGGGUUUGCAGCUCCGCCUCAUGUUAUUGACCUUCCGGAUGACAAUGAAGAUGAACCACAAAAACCCAUGGGAUGAAGGGGCAGGACGUCGGGAAGGAGGACGCUAGCCAGCAAGAUGCCCCAGUCGACACCGGUGACAGAACCAGUGACUCAGCAGUCCGGAGACCUCAACCGGGCUUCCGUUACUUUUGCCAUCCCCUUGUCGAGUGAACGUCCUUCAUUGUUGACUGCCCAUGCUUUGGAUCCUCAGCCUGCUGCGACUGGUUUGCCCUCGCCACUUUUCACCUCCCGUCAUGUCCCAGAGGACCAAGUAGGAGCUGCCAAAGAAGCCAUACGCCAGGCAGGCCUUAUGAUGGAACAAAUGAAGGUGGUGCGUGAGGCUAGCCAGGCCGCUUAUGACGCCAGUUCAGCCCUCCAGACCAAUGUCCAGAAAUCUUGUGAACUUGGAGCUCGAUUUGCUGAUCUGGAGCAGAAGCAGAUCCAGCUCAAUCUUGAUCUGGAGUUGGCCAAGGAGAACUUGCAGAAAGCCAAGGAUGACGCUGCUG